GGUGAAUUGGAUGAUGUUUUCGAGUGUAUUCAAGCCGUUGGCGUUCGAACUCCCAGUGCUGCGGGAGCUGCAGAACAGCCAUCUGAAGCUCUUGCAGGAUGCCGUGCUGCUGUUGAGCUACAUCCUGCUGUGGAUUUUGUCGCUAUGUCUGUUGUGGGUGCUGCCGAUACCACGCUACCCCACUGUGGAGGACCGUGUGGAGUUGGCCUACUACGAGGUGGCCUGCUGGGUGCUCGGCACUGUCCUCUUUGUCGAGGUGCGGACCACUCACACACGCAGUGACACGGCACAGACACACACGGCGGGACGAUAUCUUAUCUGCUUCUUUGGAUGUGUGUGUGUCAGUUCUUUCCGAUGUUGUUUUCGGUGUUGAAUCUGCUCAAGUUUAGGGGUCACCGUCACCAGCACUUCAAGCUCAAGGUGUCGCUCAUCAUGUGCACCGUCGAGGGAGUCAUCCUGUGCUCCUACAUCCUACUCUCGAGGGACCUACUGCCCGUCCACAUCGACCCAGUGACUGGUAGAGAAGGCACACUAGUCAGGCAGUGUGGCUGAUUGAGAGAACGGAUGGCUGGUUACUGAUUCAUUCUCUGUCUGCUGUCGUGUUUGUGUGUCGUGUUUGUCGAUCAGGUCGGGCGGUGUACAGCGCUCGUUUUAUGGAGUGGACUGUGGCUGCCCCGAUGCUGGUGUAUCUGUCCGGCCGUUAUGUGUUUGAGGUGCCCAUGCGGCACGUCCUGCCCGCCAUGAUCAUCACUGGAAUGUACAUGCAGGCGGGGCUCUGGUAAGAAAGAAAACACACACAGAGAAGCGCAUUUGCGUAAGCUGAGCUGAGCUCCUCAUACUCGUGUGUUGUGUUACAGGUCGGCUGUGAGCAGCCACUGGUUGCUUCGGUGGGGUUUGGAGGCUCUUAGCUACAUUGGCUACUUCGCCGCCUCGUGGCUAAUGCUCCAGUUUCUCAGAUACCAGCACACGGGCGACACAUACACCUACACACGGGCUAGGCGACCGAAUGCCCUCCACCCAUCAUCGCCCUCCAGCUCUUCAAGGCGGCCGUCGGACAUGUCGUCAUCCACAGAGCUGCGUCAGAGGCGGCCCAGGACCGACAGCAGCCAGAGUGCUGAGCGGGACGCCCCUCCAGAUGGGCUGCAGGAGCCGGUGGUGACUCAUUAUCCUGACGUCCGUCGGCCGCAAAUGCGGGCGUGGCAGCAGGUCAUGUUUGGGUGGACGCUGCUGGCUGGUGGGCUGGGCAUCAUCUCGCCCACCACGGGGGCCAUGGUGGCCGACAUGAACGGACAGACCGCCGAACGAACAACUAUCGGCGCAGACGGACGAUCGGGUAAGAAAGGAAAGCACAGAAGACCCUGUCUGUCCCAAUGCCAGCAUAUAUACUCACGUGUAACGUUUGAUGUGUGGUUUCUUGUCUGCAGCCCCUGUACGUCGCUUUCUAUUGUAUUUUAACGUGAUUUGGUGGGGGCUAUACGGCGUGUGGUUCCACCUGGCCCACGUGGGUGCUCUGCCCGGCUGGGCGGAGCAGCUGGCGUACACCUUCAUGGACAGUGGCGCCAAGACGAUGCUGACCAUCUGCCUCAUCUCACUGCGGAGCUACGAAUUCGAAGUCGCCAUCACCCAGGCCAGACAAGAGGUGUCGAAAGACAGACACAACAGACAUCCACAUGCGCGUCAACGCGAGGUGUGGUGUUUCUGUGUUCGUGCGUCAUUUUAGGCUGAGCGCAACAGAGUCGAGUACGAAUUCGAUAGGCGGCUGCAGCUGCUCAAGGUCCAGCUGCGGCACGAGAUCAUCUCGAGAACACUCCUACAAUACGAGGAGCGAGAGCGACUCGCAGCCGAGAGAGCAGCCGCCGAGGCUGCACAGCAACAGCCAGCCAUCCAGCCCCCUUCCAGCCAGGCGAUACCAGCCGCACCGACCGCCUCCCGCUCUUGCUGCCAGGAGGAGGGCGGCGGUGUCUGGACGCCCGCCACAGUGCCCGUGUCGGUUCGUGAUGUCCCACAAUUGGCUGGCCGGCCGUCGCUGAGGCGUCUGCUGGAAGAGGGGAUUGAUCCUGUUCCCGCCCUCCAGGGCCACUGGUACAGCUUGGAGGGCAAUGAGGGCCAGACGACGGACAAACCAGACCCCCCGCAGGAAGGGCCGGCUCAUGGCCCACCUCCCCAGCACUCUGCGCCCGCACCACUGUCUCGCUUAGAGGUCAAGCGUCGCUCGCUCAGUGACCCCGGCCUCUCAGCCGUCCUCGCUGGUGGCCUUCCUCGCUCCCCCCUCCCCACAGAGAUUGCGACCAUGCCGAGUCCGGUCAUCAGUGCCUGUGCCCCUCCCGAGCUGCCGUCCGACAUCCCUCCAAGUAUGUCAUCGAGCAAUAAUGGUGGGCGGUGGCGGCACUACAGCCGUGGGAUGGACGAGGCCGAGUUGUCUGAUGACGAGGAAGAUGGGGAGAGCGAUGGCGACGAGGGUUUGGAUUGGAUGGACGAUUGUCACCUUCAGGAGGAGAUAGAGGUGGAGUGGCUCACAGCCACGCCAAACGCAUCACCGUGCGGCCUCCCAGGAAAGGCGGCGGGAGGGGCACUAACUACUAACUAGCAAGGGGCUGACGAGAGGCCAUGCGGUCGUGAUGAGUUUUGAGUGGAUGACCAUGUGUGCGGUCGUGCACACACUGGGUGAACUGACAUGGGGAGGGAGGAUCAAUUAUCUCUGAGUGUGUGUGUGUGUGUGUCGCUGCUGUGUGUCAUGGAUGUUGGCCGUGGCUCUUUUUCAUCCAUGAUGAGGGGCUCUUUUUCCCUGCGAGCGCUAUAGCCGCGGGCCGACUCUGUGUGUGUGUGUGUGUGUCUGUGAGAUGGGCGAAUGGAUAACGAUAAGGACCAAUGCUGCUGCGUGCAUAGACAUGCAUCCAUGUCUCGGGAACAUAGUUUUUGCGUCGGCCGCUCUGUUUGCGAGAGCACAUACACAGAUGGGACCGACAUAGCCGGGACAGACGAAGACGCCGCCUCACGGUUGGCUGGCUGGCUGGCUGGCUGUCACAGCGCACUUGCUGCGGUUUAAAUGGAAUGACUCACUCACUACUGCGAAGAGGGGAGAAGACAUUCAUAGCUGUGAUGAUGGCAUUAGCCACGUGCCUGUCAACUUGCUGCCCGCCCGCCUGCCUUGCUUCUAUCUACCUCUCUAUCUGUCUUGGGGAUGCGUGGCUGUCGUGUGGUGAGUUGCUGCUCUGUUGUGCUGAUUGUUGUUGUGGGCUCACUCCCCGGAGCAUGAGCGACACACUAAUGGGAUGAGACGAUGGGGUAACGGAUUGGCUGACUCCGCUCACUGAUCCCGAUUCUGUACAGCGGUGUCGCUUGUUCCCGCUGUUCUCUCCCCCUCGCGCCUCUCGUUGUGCCCUUCCACACAUGAAGGUCUACCGCACUCAUCAGCUACGGUUGAGUUCGGCAGUUCGCCAUGUGUUGGCGAGCUGACGGGGGGCAGAGGCGGGGAACACAGCUUAUACCAGGGGACAUCACGUGACUGAUGGUCCAACUGACUGUUGUGCGAUGCGAUGCUCAUCCUUGCUUUGGGCCGUUCAUCUGGUGGCCGUGUGAGGGUGCGUCACGCCACAUGUCUGACUGUCUGUCUGUCUUUUUCAUCACCCCUAUUGGGAGACAUCCGUCCCCGACCCACUCGUCCAUGUGCAUGGGGGAAGAUUGAGAUGCGUGCAGUGCCUGUGCGUGAGGUGCCUGCCUGCUGAUGAGAGGGAGAAUUUCUGGUCAGUGCGUGGUGGGAGUAGAGAGUCACUACUUGUCGUGUGUGGUGAUGACAUUCAUCUGUCGUGUGCCGUACUCUGCUUUGCGGCGCCAAGCUUCACGUCACAAGACGACGUUGAAGGUCCAAAGCACUUUCGGUGAGAGCAUAAACAGUCG